AUGGGGCCGGUGACAUUGAGUUGUGCGAGCGCCACGUCAACAGAGACGUCUGUGGCUGUCCGUGGCCCAUUCUUCUGUGGGAGAUGGGCAAUUGCAGCCUGGUCUGACUAUCUCAAGCAGUUCUUGUGCCCAAUUUUGUCACUUGUUGCAACGAGUGGGAACCAACUACAGCAUAGGUUUGAAGGCUUUCUCAAAUGUCGUCCUCUGGAGAACCAAGCACAGGGAGUUGAAUGGCUAACAGACAGCAAGGACAGACUUUUUUUUUUGAAAUCCACGGUUCUCUACAAAGCAGAUACAAAGUACAUGCCUAUUCCAACUCACGCGAAGGUGGGCAAAAUAGGGGAACUACAUUGGCAAUUACUGUUCCAGAUAAAUUAG